AUGGUUAACUUCAUCUCUUUGAGUGAGUUGAAUACUAAGAUUCAAUUCCCUGCAAUCCGUGUUAAGAUCGUUAGAAAAUGGAGUACGAAAAUUGGAAGAGAUCAUCAUUCAACCAUGCUCUUAGGAGAUUCGAAAGGAGUAAGAAUUGAAGGGAGCUUAAGCUAUUCUUUGUCUCUACCUAACGAGAUUGAGCUCAAAGAAGGUGAUUGGGUUGAGAUACUCAAUUUUGAGAUAAGAAGGGUUUUUCAGCUUUAUAGAACCACAAAGCAAAAGUACACAAUCAAGUUCAAUGAAGCGAGUUUGUUUAGAAAGAUAGAACCAGUCAACGGUUCUAAAUUUCUAUGCUGUGCAAACUUCCGUCGUAUCAAUCGGGGUCUUUAUCAUCCUAUGUACUGCAUUGGAACAUGGCGGCUCCGGCUUGAACGCCUUCUCUCCCUCUCGGCUCAUGCUCUCCAUCUCACCGAACCGAUAGGUAACACCAACGCAAUGGACGUGACGGCACCUAACGUGUCUGUGAUAUCGUGGGCUGCUCCUCCGGCGAUAGAACAUGGCCCCGGUGGUGGCGGAGGGUGA